AUGGAUUUAAAAUGGUUAAAGACGAUGAUAAUAUUGAGUGUUGGACUGUGUUUAGUUUUUACAUUUAUAGAAGCGCAGCCAUCUAUAACUAUAAAUGGUAGUACAGCUACACCAAGAACAUUUCAAGUUAAUGAUAAUAUGACGAUUAAGUGUACAAUACCUUCAAAUUAUACGUCUGGCUCCAAUCUUCGUGUUUAUAAAGGUGCCCCUCAGUGGGAUGAAGAUGUACAGGAACCAGUCAUUUUCUCCUCAUCACCGACUAAUGAUAAAAAAAUUUACCUUAAGAUAGUCGGCAAUCCACAACCAACAUAUUCCAUUCAGAAGUUCACAUCUACAGGAUUACAAGACCUGUCUCUAAAUAUAGAUGUAAUAAACGAAACUUACAGAAUUAGAUUGUUGUUUCGAAAAUACACAGAAGAUUCACAUGGUGUAUUUCAGAUCGUAGCGAAUAAUCCAAUGGGAACUUUUACUACAAACUUCACACUACGUGGGGAAACAGCACCACCGACAAAUGUCCGAGCCUGGAGUAAUACAACUAGAUCGAUAAAUGUUGAAUGGACUGCAGGAGAAAUGUUUGAAACGGAAACAAACUAUAAUGUGUAUUACAAAACAGAAGAUACAGUAUUUAGAUGGUCCACACUUCUCGAUAUGGAGUUAACAGUAACGCAUAUAUUGAAGUCUUUAGAACCGAGCACGACCUACUACAUUAUGGUUAGGGCAUAUCACACAAAUUCCGGAUCCAGUUCUUAUUCUAAAAUGACGCAGGCGACUACAUUAGUAGGGUUCAUCUAUUGGUAA